AUGCUGAUGCGAUGGCAGUGUUACGGAUUGGGGCGGCGUGAUUCUGGUGGCUGUGUUGGUAGAUACGGUUUGGGGUUUCGUGUCACACUAGAGCUGCCUCGGGUUCUUUUUGAUUUGAUUAACCAACGUAGCCCACGCAUCUUUACGUCAAUCAUUUCUUUGUGGUUGUACUUCCUUUCUAUUUUAUUCUAUCUACUUUCCUUCUAUAUUUUUUUUUACCCUGUGGAGUUACUCGCUUUUUAUCCGCCCUCAACUUUCUGUCUUUCUUUCUCUCUAUCGAUCCCUCUCUUUCACUAUAUCUCUCUUUUCUGUUUCAGCUUCCAUAUCUUUGUUCUCGUGUAUUCCCCCACUCUCUCUAUUUCAUACUCCCUCAUUCCUUCGUUGUGCUUUCUUUCUCUUUGCCUUCUUUUCCAAUGUUUCUCUCCUCCCUUUCUCAUUGUCUUUGCUUUUCUUCCUUCGCUUCGUGUUUUUUCUCAAAUUUGCUUUUACUGUAACUCUCUUAUUCUGCUUUUACCUUCACAUUUUCAAACUUUUUAUCAAAUGAAUGUCUGCAUGCUUCCCAUGAAUGCUUAG